UGGUUGGCUCGACUCUAUAAUAAAAUAAAAAAAGUAAAAGUUAUUACUUUUACUUUAAGCAUGUAGUGACUUCUUAAUUGCGGGAAUCGGUGAUAAUAUUAAGUUAUUUGUAGUUACGACCUGUAGAUGGUUAAUACGUCUAUUCAACAAUCCUAACCACGUCUGUGGUCACUCAUGCGCGUAACAAUAUAGCGACACGUCAACCCGUUACUAGACAACAACUUGUUGCGUAACAACGCGUCAAUAAACUCUGCCAGCCAGACAAGGAAUUGUUCUCUAGCAACACGACGUCCGUUCUCGGCUAUAUAAGCAAGGCGAUUACAGGUGCCGCUAUCAGUUGAUACUCAGUGUUCGUUGCAAGAGUAUGGAACAUGGUAGGAGUAGCACUCUUGGUUAUUUUCCGGACAACAUGCAAAGUGAUAGUUCUUCUUCUGAUAAACACCGAGACAACACUGAAGCCUCGUACACCUGCGGUUGCUUCGGGUGGGUACGAAGUUGGAUAUGUAAGAAGAAAUGUGUGGACAGUGAUGGCGAUUGUUAUGAGAAGAAAUGUCCAGAGAACAACACGGAAGAGGCCGCGAAACACUUCCCAGACUCGUCCACUAGUGGCUGCUUCGAGUGGCUCAGAGGAUGGGUAUGUAAGAAGGUGCCUCGGAACGACAGAAGAGGCGCCGGGAGUAGAGCGACCGACGAGAACGACAGCCCAGCGGCUAGUCAGGGCGUUAGCACAGUCACUGACGAGGAUGACAGCCCAGCAAUUGGUCAGAGGGACAACACAGUCACUGACGAGGAUGACAGCCCAGCAAUUGGUCAGGGGGACAACACAGUCACAGAUCACGUCAACAACCCUGCGAUUGGUCAGGGUGACAGCACAACCACCGACAAGGACGACAAAUCAGCAAUUGGUCAGGGUGACAGCCCAGCGAUUGGUCAGGUCGACGACAGGACAGCGAUCGGAAACGGGGACAGGCGCAGCGACAGGAAUGAAGUCAACCCAGUGAUACAUAACAGAGGUGACCAGUGCGAUUUCUCCACCGAUGCAGCUUUCAUAUUUCAAGAAGGAGAGAAGCACUUCUUAGUGGUAUCUGUGGAGCUGAUCAUGACGGGCGCAGGGACAAAGAACGACGAAGCAGAAAACAAAGUGCCUGAAGAAGACAAAAACGGACAGACACUUAGUUUACAUGCUUCUGAAGUCAAUGAAAAUGCGUCGUCAUCAACAGAAGUAGGGUCCUUGAACACAAAUGUAGAGCAGGUGCCUCGGAACGACACAAGAGGCGCCGGGAGUAGAGCGACCGACGAGGAUGACAGCCCAGCAAUUGGUCAGGGGGACAGACCCAGCGACAGGAAAGAAGUCCACCAACCAGUGAUACAUAAGAGAGGUGACCAGUGCGAUUUCUCCACCGAUGCAGCUUUCAUACUUCAAGAAGGAGAGAAGCACUUCUUAGUGGUAUCUGUGGAGCUGGUCAUGACGGGCGCAGGGACAAAGAACGACGAAGCAGAAAACAAAGUGCCUGAAGAAGACAAAAACGGACAGACACUUAGUUUACAUGCUUCUGAAGUCAAUGAAAAUGCGUCGUCAUCAACAGAAGUAGGGUCCUUGAACACAAAUGUAGAGCAGGGGCACAUGAAACUGCGACAACAAAACAGAGCCAGACAGUUGAGGGCACUGGAAAAGAACAAUAGAAGCCAAAGGAAGAUCCUUAGAAUCCUGACAGAAAGGAAAGGCGCACAUCUUGAGAAGGAAUUCGAGAGUCUAAGAAAAGUAUACGCUCUAUCCCUGAAGAAGUACAUGAUAAUUAUGAAGAAACAGAGUAGAAGAAUGGAGAUGCUAAUUAAAUGUAUAAGAGCUGACCUCCCAGAUUCAGAUGAGGAUGAUGAGUGAGAAUUGUGACCGCGGGAAGAUCACUGCGUUUGAGAAACUUCGGCUGUACAUGCUGUACUUGCGCUGACGACGCGACACCCUCU